AUGGCGAGCAAACGCCCUCGUUCGGAUUCCCCAGAGGCAUCCUCCUCUCGCCCCCGCCGCAAGGUCACGGAGCCAGACCCGCCUCCCCUAGUCCCGUAUGAGGAUUCAAUCUUCUCGGUCCAAAUAGAUGUGUCGGAAUCCACGCGUGCAGCAAAUCUAGCCGCAAUGCUUGAUCGUAUUGAUCGGUACACCACAAGUGCGGAAAGACCCCACGAUGAAAUCCUCCAAGCAUCCCUUAGAAAUUUCCUCGAGAUGUUGCCACCAGAUGGAUGCGCCGAGCUCUUGAAGGACAUCGAUAGCAAGCCGGGAGACGAAGGCCUAUAUGAGGUUUUCAGUAACCUCUACACCGGCCUGAGAUCCCGGAUGAUGUCGCGCUCAAAGCCUCCCUCGAUUACCCCAUCUCCGAACCCAAAGCGGGGCGAUAAUGCCGAAGAUAAGCCAAUCAGCCGCGACCGAAAGUUCAAAACAGCCUUGCUAGCGAGAGAUGGAUACAAGUGUGCCGUGACUGGUCAUUUUGACCAAGGCCGAUAUGAAGAACUUGGUUUGGAUUCGCCCGAUCUUAAUCCUACGGAUACACAAGGGGCUUAUAUAAUUCCAUCCUCAUAUGGAUUUUGGAAUUCAAGCCAGAGCCCACCUCCCGAUAUGGUUACUGCUUGGGAAGUUUUGUACCGGUGCUUUCCAGCACUCCGACGCCUAAGAUUCAACUGGGAAGAUAUCAACAACCUUGAGAAUGGAAUCACCAUGGCUGAAUGGAUCCAUUCAAGGUUUGGAAGAUUUCGCCUUGCUUUUAAAGCAACGGAAGUCCCCGAUCAAUAUGAUGUUGAGAUAUUUGGAUCGAUCGGCAAUGCGUAUCGCAAUAUGAUUCACGAUCGGAUCACUUUCACAAACCACGACUCAGCAAAGGACCAUAAGCUUCCCAGUCCAAUCAUACUGGAGUGCCAUUACAUUCUAGCAAAAAUUCUUAAUGCUUCCGGUAUGGCCGAGGCAUUCGAACAUGAUUUUGAUAGAUGGGAGGCCGUAAAGGAAUCAGUCCAUAGCCUCCGCGAAGACGGGAAGACGGAUAUUGGC